AUGAAGUGUUUUUUUGCUAUUUGUUUAUUUGCUUCCAUUUUAUUAAUCUCCUUCACUUCUUUUUCCAAUCGAUUUAUAUGGUUUAGUCCAUGUUCAGAUUGCGGUGCCAUAAAUAUUCACACUAGUUAUGCUUAUAGUGCUACCGUUACAAAUAAUGUCAAAGAAAAAGAAGAAAUUACAAACAUAACUCAUAUUUUAUUUGGCAUUGGAGGGUCCGUUAAGACAUGGAAUAAUCGCAAGAAUUAUUCGGAUUUAUGGUGGGAACCAAAUGUGACUCGAGGGUUCGUAUGGCUCGAUGAGAGGCCCGGAGAAAACGAGACGUGGCCUGAAUAUUCACUCCCCUAUAGGGUCUCGGAGGACACGUCAAGGUUCAAGUACACGUGUUGGUUUGGUGAUAGGUCAGCAGUGAGGAUCGCGAGGAUUGUGAAGGAGAGUUUUGAAUUAGGGUUAGAGAAUGUGAGAUGGUUCGUUAUGGGGGACGAUGAUACGAUAUUUUUUACGAAGAAUUUGGUGACGGUUUUGGGUAAAUAUGAUCAUAAUCAAAUGUAUUAUAUUGGUGGGAAUUCGGAAAGUGUGGAACAAGAUUUGGUGCAUUCUUAUAGUAUGGCUUAUGGUGGUGGUGGAAUUGCUAUUAGUUAUCCUCUUGCAGAGGUGCUCGUAAAGAUUUUAGACGAUUGUAUUAAUCGAUAUCAUGAUUUCUAUGGUUCUGAUCAAAAGAUUGGUGGAUGUAUGGCUGAGAUUGGCGUUCCUCUCACUAAAGAACUCGGAUUUCAUCAGAUGGACAUACAUGGUAGUCCACGAGGGCUUUUGGCAGCGCAUCCAUUGGCACCAAUUGUCUCACUACACCAUCUAGGCGUUAUACAUUCUCUAAUUCCACUAAUGGAUCGAGUCGAUUCGAUGAAGAAGGUAAUCGAGGCAUAUAAAAAAGACUCAAGUCGAACAAUGCAACAAAGUUUUUGUUAUGAUCUAAAGAAAAAUUGGUCGUUAUCAGUAUCAUGGGGAUAUUCGAUUCAAUUAUAUCCAAGUUUAAUGAAUGCUAAGGAAUUAGAGACACCAAUGAGGACAUUUGAGACAUGGAAAGGGUUUGAAGAGCCAUUCACGUUUAAUACUAGGCCAAAUUAUAUAGAACCUUGUCAAAGGCCUAUAGAGUAUUAUUUGGAUCGCAUUUUUGAGCUCGAUAAUGGUGAAACUUUGACGAGUUAUAAGAGAAUUGGUGAUUAUAAUAAGCAAUGUGAGAAUGAAAAUUAUACACCAGCAUUAGCAAUUCAAAUGGUUAAUGUCACGGCCCCUAUUUUAUCUCCCCAAGUAUGGAGACAGGCACCACAUAGGCAAUGUUGUGAGGUGAUUAAUGGUGAAGAUGAUAGUACUAUUGUUGACACUGUCCUACAAAUCAGAAUUAGAAGUUGCAAUAAAUGGGAAUCAACAACAUUGCCCUUUUGA